CAGAUACUUCCUUUAACCGGGGCCACAGUUUGGUGUGGCGUCGGUGGAGCCUCUGGACGUUUUUAAAUGCUCCACGCAAUAUUUCUAAAACCAAAAAAGUAUUAAAAUAAGCCACAAUGAGCCGCGGAUCAAAAGCUAAAGGGGAGAGCGCUCGGAGCGUCCUGCUGAGCGGUCAGGAGAACGACAAACUGGAGGAGCUGUUGGGCAGAAGGUGUCCUUCGAUGGCGAGCGCGGUGGCUCAGCUCUUCAUGGCUCUACCUCACAGUCCUGGCGUCUGGAGUCUGCAGCACACAGGAGCCGUCUGCUUCGUGAAGGACAACCCCCAGCGCUCAUACUUCAUACGAAUGUUCGAUCUGAAGAUGGGGAGGAUGGUUUGGGAGCAGGAGCUCUACAGUCAGCUCGUUUACUCUUCACCUCAGCCUUUUUUUCACACCUUCAGCGCAGACGACUGUCAGGUCGGGCUCAACUUCGCAGAUCAACAGGAAGCAGACGCCUUUCUGCACGCGGUGGAGGACAAAAUCAACCAAAGAAACAACAGACACGAUAAGAAACAGCGCCCCCGUCAGUCUGCAGACCGAGCUCUUCCUCCAGUGCCCGGGGAAAGUGCGUCCGGGAGCCCGGGUGGUUUUCACAUGACCACGGUGGACAUCCAGAACCCGGACAUCCAGUCGUCACGGUACCGGUCCCUGCCCUCCCCCGUCACCUCCCCCAUCUCCUCCCUGUCCAAGAGCAAGAAGGACAAGAAGAACAAGAACAAGAAGGGAGCCAAGCUGUCCAAGGCCGACAUCGGCGCCCCCAGUGGAUUCAAACAUGUGACUCACGUGGGCUGGGACCCAAACAACCUGGACCCGGACCUGCUGAAGCUGCUGUCCCAGGCCGGGAUCAAGGAGGCGGACAUGAAGGACGAGCACACGUCCCAACUCAUCUACGACGUCAUCGAGCAGUCGGGCGGGCUGGAGGCCGUCAAGAGAGAGGUCAACAAAGGUAGCGGGCCUCCUCCUCCUCCCCCGGGCAGACAGGGCCCCCUCCCUCCUGUGCCCGGCUCCGGUGCUCCGGCUCCGCCCCCUCAUCGAGGCCGCUCCGGACCCCUGCCCGCCCUCCCGGGUCAGCCCCGAGGUGCCCCGGCCCCGCCUCCCCCCUCACAAUCCCGCGGGGCCGUCCCUCCUCCGCCGGCGUCUCAUUCCUCCGGUCGCGGUGGUACUCUUCCUCCUCCUCCUCCUCCGUCGCACUCCUCCCCCUCCGGCAGACCCUCACAUCACGCCAUGCCUCCCCCGCCUCCCCCGUCCAGCCAGCCACGCUCUCCGGUCCCGCCCGCUCCCCAUGCCCCGCCCGCUCCCAACAGAGGAGGAGGAGAAGCACCGCCCCCUCCACCACCGCCUCCACCUCCACCUGUUAUGACCCCCAGCUUCCCGGAUGGACCAGCCCCUCCCCCUCUGCCCUGCGGAGGUGCCCCGAAACCUCCUCCAGCCUCGUCCGGCGGGGACAGCAGAGGGGCGCUCCUGGACCAGAUCCGACUGGGCAAGAAGCUCCGGAAUGUGACAGACUGUGUGGACCAAGCCCCGCCCACCCCAACGGAGUCCGGGGAGGGCAUUGUGGGAGCUCUGAUGAUGGCCAUGCAGAAGAGAAGCAAAGUCAUCCACUCUUCAGAUGAAAGUGAAGAAGUUGGCGAUGACGACGACGAUGACGACGAGUGGGACGAGUGACCGUGACGUUUAUUUUGCAUUUGGUCUAAUUUGAAUGAGCGAUGUCGUAAGUGUCACGUAAUAAAUGUUUUUAAUGCACAAAUAAAUGGACAAACUGA